AUGUCUGCAUCGGCUGGCCCGAAUGCGUCACCCGUUGCCGAACCAACACGCGAAGAAUGCUUUUCUACAGUAGCAGCACCGCCGCCUUUAGCACAACGAUGGCCUGAAUAUCCUGGAGCACAACCCAUGCGAACAGAUGCGCCACCCACAUCGCCGACACAUAGCUACCCAUCCAGCAAUAGCAAUAGCGCCAUCACGCUCGAACUCGCUGUUCAGUAUGAUCAUCCUACAGUGACAAGUGAUUCAAACCAUGCACAAGACCGAGGAAAAGGCCUAUGUACGAUAUGCCGGUCCACCACUCAGGACGACCUUGUGUUUUAUCGACCGCAAAUGCAAGUACACAAAGUGCUUUCGAUGAAUCAAAUAGCAGCAGCAGCAGGAGAACAAGGUGGUGGUGGUGGUGGUGGUGCUUCAAAUGACUCGAUCCCGAGAGCAUACCUUCCUUAUGUGACAUUAUAUGGUCCUCAGAAGCAAGCGUUAUGGUCAUUGACAGGCAAACAGUGGAAUGCACUCGAGUUCACAUCACCAAAAGAUCAGCAUGUUGUCAAGUUACUCAAGGAGAAACUUGCAUUUGUAUGGAUCAACAAUGUCAGCUAUCAAUGGCGGUUUAUGCCAGCAACCGAUCCCAACACCAACACGACGACCUACGAUUUACGUUGCUAUGAAGGUCGCCAGGUGAUUGCCGAAUUUAUAUCCAACCGUUACAUACAAUGGUCUCAUGCAGCACAACAACCCCAACAACAAGCCGCCAAUCCAUUUCGCCAAAAUGAGAGUCUAUUUUCAUCAUUCCUCUUACUAUCAGGCCUUUUGAUUCUUGAUUUGGCAGGAUGUCCUCCUCGUUCUACACCCGACCCAGAAGCACUUUUACUAUGGAUGGCACCCGAUUCUAUAGAGCAAGACGAUGAGGAUGAUACUGCAAGUAUGGCGUCGUCAUUAUACUAUGCCGAGCAAGGAUUGGUGGAUAAUGAUCAUGCGCCCACUGGACGAUGGUAUGGUGGUGGUGUUGAAUCUGUCAAGAGUAUCGAGCUUGAUCCUGGAUUAUUACAUUGCUGGUGGGGAUAUGGAUUUUGGUGGACGUGGUGUCCUUGCUGCAUGCCCGGUGGAUGGUUUGAUCGUUUUCGAUGGAGUUUACGACGACGUAAAGAGAUCAACAAUCAUAGCAACAGCAAUACUUCUCGUUCACGGCAACGAAGGCAACGUGGAUGGCAACAGCAUCACCCAGAUCAAUAUUAA